AUGGAUGAGCAAGACUCAGCUAGUCCUGGAGCAGGAAGGGACCAUGCCAUCCAAACUGGGAGCAGUGGGGGAUUCUGGGAAAACUCUGUGCAGAAGAUCCUGGUUGAGGAGGACACCCUCGGCUCAGAGGUGCAGAUCCAGCAGUGGAGGCAGUUCUGCUGCCAGGAGGCCAAAGGACCCCGAGAGGUUUGCAGCCGACUCUACCACCUUUGCCACCAGUGGCUGAAGCCAGAAAGGCACACGAAAGCUGAGAUGCUGGACCUGGUGAUCUUGGAGCAGUUCCUGGCUGUCCUUCCCCCGGAGAUGGAGAGCUGGGUGAGGGACUGUGGAGCGGAGACCAGUUCGCAGGCGGUGGCCCUGGCCGAAGGUUUCCUCCUGAGUCAGGCAGAGGAGAGAAAGCAGGUGAGAGAGACUUUCCUCUGGAUACUCCAAAGGGGCUCCAAACAGGAUGGAGAACAUCUCAUAUAGCUGUAUUGAUGGCACAUCCUUUUUCUGGGAAAGCAUCCAUGGAAUGAGAUCUCACACCCUUGAAGUCUUUGUCAUUCUCUUUCUAGUAUUUCUCCCCAUUCUCUGUUUUGAAUCCUUGUUUCUUUUUCAGGGAAAGGAUAUCUUUGCAGAAAUGGACCUGGAUUCCUGUGAGGCAGAGAGGCCUCCGUUGGACACCAGAGAGAGGCCAUUGGGUAAGGAGGAAGGUGGUUUUACUCCAUUUGGUCUCAUUCUGUUGGUUUUCCAACUCAUCUGAGGGUUCUUUUCACCUUGUUUUGGGGGGAGACAGUUGGGAACAAGGGUCCAGAGGAAGGGACAACUAACAUAUGAAAUGGGCACAAACAUCCAAAUGCUUUCAGCAGGUAGGCUUUCUCAAAGGCCCAUUUGUAGUUAGAGAUGCCCUGUUUCCCCUGUGAGAGAUGCAGGCACUCCUGGCGUCUUGCUUAUGCUUUUUCUCUUGCAGGUGACAGAAUGAUGGCAGCAAGACCUCUUUAUCCGCCUUUUCAUGGGGGCAGAAGGGAAGCAGUGGCUGUGGAACCAGAUCAGGUCAGGAGAUGUUGCCUUGUGGGGACAGAGGCCGAGGGAUGGAGCAAUGUCAUGGACUGGUUGGGCACAGAGGAAUGGUGGGAGGAAGCAGCCGGGGAACCAGGAAGGGAAGAUGGCUCAGAGCCCAAGAAGUGGAGGUGGAGGGAGGAUGAGUGAUCAGAGGGAGAAGCCUGGGAAGAGGAGGUGUCAGAAGCAGAAGAAGUAACAGGGCUUAGUGAGCUGGGAGUCUCUGUGGCAGAAUGCUGUGCAGAAUCAGAGGCAGAAGAGGAAGGAAGCGAGUGGGAGAGGAAGGUCGAGAGGCUGAGGUGAGUCAGGAGAAGGAGGAGCUACUGGGGGCUCCCUCUCCUUCUGCCAGAAGCCACCCUCCCUGCUUGUCUCUCAGAGCCAGCAGAUGGCUGACAAUGGAGGAGCAAAGGCAGGCUGCACACUGGCGCACUGUUCAAUUGCUUGCAAGAAGCUCGAGAGAGAAGGGGACUUAGAAAGCUGUGGGGAGCCGGGAGCAUUCACUCUUUGCAACUGCUUUUGUGCAGGAAGAGGCUCAGGGAAUGAGCUGCUGUUCUCAAGAGGCCCGAAACUCAGCCAAGUCUGUGAACAUCGUGCUCUUGCUGAUAAAGAGUUAACUCCAGCUGUGAACUCUGGGAUUUCCUGCCCAGAUAACUCUGUGACACGAGGCUUCUGAAUGUCGCCAGUAGGAUUCAUCUGUAGUUGCAGUUUUCAUGGAAUCCUAGAGUUGAAAGGGACCCAAAGGGUCAUCAAGUCCAACCCCCUGCAUUGAAAGAUCAUCCAAGACAGAUGGACAUCGAAACUAGGCUUAUUUUAUUUCUAAAUUGAUCAUUGAAUGCUAAAAUUGGUUUCUAAGCGGUGAACAGAUGAAAACAAAUAGUGGCCAGCAUUCACCUAACCAGCCCCAUCGUCUGCAAAAUGGGGCCUGCCUCCCACUCCUCCCCCUCUCCAUGCCCCCAUGAACCCCUUGAAUUUGGCUCUAGGGCAUUGGGAGGGAUCCUCCCCAGAACAACUCACGAGGAGAGGAGAAAGUGGAUCUUUCCAUCGGGGAAACUGGAAUGCUUGCGUAGGCAGAAUAACGUAAACAUAAGCUGGAGUACCACCUAUUUGCACAAAGACGAAUACCUGUAAUUAAAAGCAGAAAAAAAUAAUUCAAUUAAAGUUUUAAAAUAAGCAUCCAUAAUUAACAUGUACAGCAAAGCAAUACUAUUGAAAUAACACAGCAAUUAACAGGAAGGAAACCACAGAGCAUUGUGUAGCAGAUCAUAUUUCUGCUGUCUCAGAGGAGGACAUUUCCCUAUUUCUUUUAGGGUCCAGUCUGCUUUGAAGAUGUCGCUGUUCGUUUCACGGAUGAGGAGUGGGCGUUGCUGGAUCCUGACCAGAGAACUCUGCAUAAGGACGUCAUGGAGGAGAAUCGUGGGAUCGUGGCCUCUCUUGGUAAGGCUCCCUGUGGGAUCGUCCUAUCUGCCAGGAAAUUCAAAAAAUACCUCUAUGUGACCAACCUCAUAUAUUUUCACAGAGCUCAAAAGCGCCCCCUACACCACCUGGGAACCUAACGCCCCCACAAGAAACAGCAAAUUGCAGUUUUUUCUGUGAACCAUUUUCCUCUAGUUCUGCCUUUUUUUUUAGUUUUUUAGUUCUGCAGCUGUAAUAAUGUGACACCAAGACUGAAUUAUUGCCUCUAUUAAUUAGGCUUUAUUGCUGGGUUGCUUUUGACUAAGAAGUUUCUUUAGGCGGCUCCAUAGACUUUCACUUGGGUUAAGGUCUGGGCUAUUCCCAGGCCAUUCCAGCAGUGGAAUAUUAUUAUCUUCAAACGACCUUUUGCACACAGCAGCAACAUGACAUGGAGCAGAAUUCUGUUGAAAUAUAAAAUAAUUAAAUAAACAAAUAUUUAUGCAAACAUAUGUAAAUGCUUCAGUAUAUGGGGAAAGAUCACAUGGAGAACGCUUCAGUUUGGGCUCAAGUAUUUCAUUUAUGUAUUUUGGGAAGUUUACAUUUCCAUUGUCAGUGUAUGAAAAUGCAAAGGACCUGACUUCCUUUGUCUCCUCAGCCUGGUCCUCAGAUCUUUGUCGGCAUAAAGGAGUCCACAAGAAGAGUGCCCUUGCAGAGUAUUUUCUGCUUUUAUUCUUAAAAGUCUUUAUUUGCAAAACAGCCGACCAACUGUACACACAUCAACACUACCAGAUUUCACCAACCAACCCAUAUCCAACACUAACAUUGACCACUCUAUAUAUACAGGUACAAUUAGGAGAAAGGUUGCAUGAGUCAUUGUAGGCUGCUGACUCAUGCUGACUUAGUUUUUUUAGCAUUAAAGAAACAGCGGCCAAAUUUUAGCCGUGACACCCAUUAAUGACACAAUUUCAUAACACUAACUGGGUGUUUCACGGUCGGUGUAAUGCAUGUAGGAUGUAAAUCUUUGAUUCUUCUACUCCCAUAUUUCAUGCCAUCACUACCAAGCAAGGAGAUUUCGGUCUCAUCGCUCCACAUAACACUAUCCCAUUGUUCCGCUGUCCAGUUAACAUGGGUUUAAUCUUUUCAACCUUUGCUUGACAGAGAACAAUGGCUUUUUCCUUAGAAUUCUAGCAUUUAGACCAGUCCUUGCAAUCAACUUCACAUUACAUUGCGCCAUGUCAUCCUGUAUACACCCAGAUGAUUUUCUUCUGUCACGUGGGCACAGUCUCUCCAUUCUUGGAUCAUCACUUGCUGUUGUGCACCUUUUCCUGCCUUUACCAGUCUGAUUUUGGAGUGAAGUGAGUUUCUUCUUUUUUAAAAAUAAUUUUUGUUAACAGGCCAAUCACAUCACAUUAAUUCCAAAAAACAAUAAUUCCAAAUUACAUAGCCAAAUUUUUUUAAAUUUUUGUUGGGGCUACCCAUGCUUCAAGCUCCAAAAGGGAUCCGAUCAUCUCUCUUGCUGCUGCUUUAAUUACACAGUUCUGUCAAAAUAAUAUUCACAGUUCUGUUCAAUCUUCUCUUUGUUGUUUUCCUCAUCUUCUUGUUGUUAUCUCCUUUCUUUGUGAUCUCUGAUAAUCUCCGCAAGCGGGUUGAAGACAAACAUCGUUAUUUCCUGUGUGGAUUUUACACUCAUCCAAGAGCCAUAAAAGUUGACAGACGCCAUUUCAACACCUCCGUAUAAAACAUUCCGACAGUCUGUCCAGAUCUCCCCAGGCCCGCCGCUCCCUCAUAAAUUUUCUCAGGCGGCCCUGCUAGGCCGAACCCACACUCCAACAUAGUAACAGCCAUAGUCCUCCUCCCCCUGGAUUCCUGCGGGCGAGCCUGCCAUGAUAAAUCUCUUUUUAUAACUGCGUCACAAAGGACUUACUUUCGUUUCCCGAUGCUCCCAUAAGCCACGUCCUUGCAUAGUAACUAAUUUCCACACAGUUAUUAUUUCUCCUGCUUGUGAUCAGUAAUUGCAACGAUUCUUUUUGGGGGGGGAUUAUUGGGUACUCACAUAAGACAAAAAAAGAAAAGUUUUUCUCCCCCCUCCUUUUCAGUCUUGCUCCGACAUACCAAUCCUUUGAUGAAUCUUCUUCUUGAUUUAUUCCUGCCCGUCGCUCCUCUUCCCAGAGAUCCCUUUAGUUAGCAGUCCUUAUUCCCGAUCAUCGCUUGAAGUAUGUGCGUUUGCUUCUGAUUGUUUAUUUUGAGCUCCCGCAACUAGCUGCGCAGAUCAGAGACAGCGUCCAGGAGAGCCGACCCACACGAGGGCUUUUGUGCCUAGUGCCCUCACCCCCUUUCGAAUUAUGGGCACAGCAGGCAAGGCAGCAUUCCCCAUUCCCUUGGGGUAACGAGGGAGGCUGCAUACUCCCAUAACAGCCUCUUAAUUACCUCAUGUGAGCCGGAGAGAUGGUAUUGUCGGCCAUCUUCCGAUGCGCCCCCUAGCGACCCCCCAGUAAAUGAGUUUCUUAUACCUCUUCAAAAAUAUAGAAAGGCCAGCUUUGGUUAAGUUUUCCAAAAUAUUUCUUCUAAUUUCUUCAUAACUGUAGCCUUGUUCACUUAAAAGUAUUAGUUUACAUCUCUUUCUGGGUAACCAGUCAACUCUUUGUGCCAUUUUUAAAAUUUUAUUAUGUUCUGCAAACUCACUAAAUGAAAGAACACGAAAAAACCAGCCAACUUGAUAGCAAUCACAUAAGACACUAACAAAAGUCAACCUAAGCAAGUAGUGCUUCUGCUUCCUAUUUAUGGUUAUUUGGCUAUAAUUUUUGAUAGAAUACAGCUAAUUGAACUUUGUUGCAUUAUGUUCUUGCUCAAAUUAUUUUUCCACUGAUAUAUGAUUUUAUGAUAUUACUCCAAAACAAGUGGUGUUAUAAGCCAUUAAAGCUCUGGAAUACACUACUUCCAAAAAGGCUUCCACAAUUUUGGCCACUACUGUACAGUGGUACCUCGCAAGACAAAAAACUCGCAAGACGAAAGAGUUUUUUGUUUUUUGAGUUGCUUCGCAAGAUGAAUUUCCCUAUGGGCUUGCUUCGCAAGACGGGAACGUCUUGCAAGUUUGUUUCCUUUUUCUUAAAACCGUUGAUACCCAGGGUGCAUUGUUUGAAGAGGUGCAGUUGCGACUUGACUUUGAGGAGCAACUCAUAGCACGCGAUGUGGUAGCCUUUUUUGAGGUUUUUGAAGACUUUGGUGAUUUUUGAAGCUUUUCCAAAACUUCUUUUGCAGCCAUUUGGUAAGUUAAACUUUUAAAACUUUUUUGGGGGUUUUUGGAUUUUGGGUUGGGGUGUUUGGAAUUCAAGGACUUAGUGUUGGGGAGGGGUUUGCAAGAAUCUGGAAGCUUGUUUUUUUUCUGCAUUUUUAUGAUUUUUUUGUGACCAUUGGGGCACUCUGCUGUUGUUAAAAAAAAAGAUUUCUGGGUUUGGAUUUCUGUGUGGUGGGUGGCUGGGGGGGUCAGGGAAUUGUUGAGAAGGGGUUUGCAAGAAUCUGGAAGCUUGUGUGUUUUCUGGGAGGUUUGGUGCUUUUGAAUUUUUUGGAUGUGAAGCACUGAUUUUUUUUGGGGGGGGGUUUUGCGAAGGUAGGAGCUGUGCUGCCAUGGGGCCCAAGAAGACUGCUGCUGCUGCGGAGGCCGGCGAGAGGAAGAAGGAGAAGGUUACACUGGAAAUGAAGAAGGAGAUCAUCCGGAAGCACGACGGUGGAAUGCGUGUGACAGACCUUGCCAGGGAGUAUGGGAGGAAUCCAUCGACUAUCGGGACCAUCCUGAAGAUGAGGGAGAAGAUCCUUGCGACUGAUGUAGCCAAGGGAAUCAGCAGGAUCGUGAAGAACCGCCCAGCUGUUCUGGAGGAGGUGGAGAAGUUGCUGCUCAUCUGGUUAGAAGAGAAGCAGCAUGCAGGGGACACAGUGACUGAGGCCGUCAUUUGUGAGAAGGCCAAGGCCUUGCACGCAGACCUCAUCCGGGAACAGCCAGGAACCUCAGGUGAGCCAGAAGUCUUCAAGGCAAGCAGAGGCUGGUUUGACCGGUUCAAGACGAGAUCUGGAAUCCACAGCGUGGUCAGGCAUGGAGAGGCUGCCAGUUCUGAUGUUCCUGCAGCUGAAGACUUUGCAGCGGAGUUCCUGGAGGUUGUGAUGACGGAGGGCUACGUUCCACAGCAGGUCUUCAACUGCGACGAGACCAGGCUGUUUUGGAAGAGGAUGCCCAGAAGGACUUUCAUCACUCAGGAGGAGGCCAAGUUGCCUGGCCACAAGCCCAUGAAGGACCGUCUGACCCUGCUCUUCUGUGCCAAUGCAAGCGGCGACCUGAAGAUCAAGCCCCUGCUGGUGUACCACUUGGAGAACCCACGGGCCUUCAAGAAACACAAGGUCGACAAGGAGCAGCUGAGUGUCAUGUGGCGAUCCAACAGUAAGGCUUGGGUCACAUGUGUGCUGUUUGUGGACUGGGUCAAUCUUGCUUUUGGCCCUGCUGUCAAACAGUACCUGCUGGACAACAACCUGCCGCUGAAGGCUUUGCUUCUGAUGGACAAUGCUCCUGCUCAUCCUAAAGGCCUUGAGGAGGACUUGUUGGAGGAGUUCAGCUUCAUCAACAUCAUGUUCCUGCCGCCUAACACCACGCCACUGCUCCAGCCGAUGGAUCAGCAGCUCAUCGCCAAUUUCAAAAAACUCUACACCAAGGAGCUUUUCAGGCGAUGCUUCGAGGUGACUGAUUGCACCAACAUCACCCUGUGGGAAUUCUGGAAGGACCACUUCGACAUCGUCACCUGCUUGAAGAUCAUCACCACGGCAUGGGACGGGAUCAGCCAGAGAAAUUUGAAUUGCGCUUGGGGCAGCCUGUGGCCGGACUGUGUGGCACCAAGUGACUCUGAUGCACCAGAGUCAACAGUGGUGCAGGACAUUGUUUCCUUGGGGAGGACCAUAGGCCUGGAGGUCACAGAGGAGGACGUCAGCGAGUUGGUGGAGGAGCACGACCACGAGCUGACCACCCAGGAGCUGGUCGAACUGCAGGCAGAGGCUGCGCAGGAGCAGGCCUCGCUGGAAGAGGAGGAAGCAACUGAGGAACGGCUGUCCUCCAAAGAACUGAGGGACAUUUGCCAGAAGUCGAAAGAUGUGCAGGCUUUUGCACAGCUGCACCACCCUGACAAGGACCUGACACAUGACCUUGCGAACACUUUUGAUACGAGGGUCAUGUCGUCUUUCAGGGAGGUGCUGAAAAGUCGGAUGAAGCAGCAGACCAUGGACAGGUUCUUCAGCAAGAAGCAAAGAGUGGAAGAGGAACCUUCUUCGAGUUGUCCCCCAGAGUCUUAGAAAAUGUAUGUACAGUACACUUUGGUGAUUUUUAAAUGCUUUUCUGUCAUGUUUAGAAACUUAAAUUAUUCCUUCAAUUUUUGAAAUGCUCUUUACAGUAUGUGUGACUUUAAAGAGCACUUAAUAAACUCUUUUUGUACCAAAUUUGGCUUUGUUUGGACUUUUUUUGACCAUAGGAACGCAUUAAUUGAUUUUCAAUGCAUUCCUAUGGGAAACCGUGCUUCGCAAGACGAAAAAUUCGCAAGACGAAAAAACUCACAGAACAAAUUAAUUUCGUCUUGCGAGGCACCACUGUAUAUCAAACAAAGCAACAUUCAACAACUCAUCAGAAUCUAAUAAUAAAUAUGUUGGUUAAUGACAAACAACAUACCGUUCUUCUGUAUUCGUUCCUGAGGCUCUAAUCCCUUUUUGUCUCCAUUGCAGAUUGUGAUGAAUUGGAAAUUGAGAACAAAGGUGACCACAACAAAAUCCCCAGAAAGGAGAAGCCACAUAAAAAUUUGGAGUGUGGAGAAAGCUGCAGUCAGAGUUCCCAUUCCACUUCCCAUCAAAGAAAUCUCAUUGGAAAGAAACCCUGUCAGUGCGCUGAAUGUGGAAAGAGCUUCAGGAAAAGAUCUGACCUCACUUCCCAUCAAAGAAUUCAUACAGGGGAGAAACCCUAUCAGUGUAUGGAAUGUGGAAAGAGCUUCACUAAUAGCUCCGAUCUCACUUGUCAUCAAAGAAUUCAUACAGGGGAGAAACCCUAUCAGUGUGUGGUAUGUGGAAAGAGCUUCAGUAAGAGCUGCAAUCUAACUUCCCAUCAAAGAGUUCAUACAGGGGAGAAACCCUAUCAGUGUAUGAAAUGUGGAAAGAGCUUCAGUAAGAGCUGCAAUCUAACUUCCCAUCAAAGAAUUCAUACAGGGGAGAAAUCCUAUCAGUGUGUGGAAUGUGGAAAGAGCUUCAGUACCAGCCACAAUCUCACUUCCCAUCAAAGAAUUCAUACAGGGGAGAAACCCUAUCAGUGUGUGGAAUGUGGAAAGAGCUUCAGUCACAGCCACAAUCUCACUUCCCAUCAAAGAAUUCAUGCAGGGGAGAAACCCUAUCACUGUGUGGAAUGUGGAAAGAGCUUCAGUCACAGCCACAAUCUCACUUCCCAUGAAAGAAUUCAUACAGGUGAGAAACCCUAUCAGUGUGUGGAAUGUGGAAAGAGCUUCAGUAGGAGAACCAUUCUCACUUCCCAUCAAAGAAUUCAUACUGGGGAGAAACCCUAUCAGUGUGUGGAAUGUGGAAAGAGCUUCAGUCAUAGCCACAAUCUCACUUCCCAUCAAAGAAUUCAUACAGGGGGGAAACCCUAUCAGUGCGUGGAAUGUGGAAAGAGCUUCAGGAAGAGCUCCAAUCUCAAUUCCCAUCAAAGAAUUCAUUCAAAGGUCAGAAAAACCCUUCAUUAUAGACUUCCGAUUGGCUCGCCCAAUUAUGGCGGACAGGAGUUCUUUCGCGGAAAGGGCACCAGCGCUUUGAAGACAGAUGAGAGUCGCUAG